GCGGGCUCAUGCCCUCUCCGAGCCCCGCGCUGCUCAGAGCCGCCCGCGCCGCGCUGCUGCCGCUGCUGUCGCCGCCGCCCCGGCUCCUCGCCCGGCCCUCGCUCGCGCCGCCCCGGCUUCUCAGCGCGGCCGCCCGCGCCCCGCGCUCCUCGCCCGCCGCCCCCCGGAGCAGCAUGGACGGCGCCGAGCCGGAGGAGGUGCUGGCUCCUCUCAGGAUAGCCGUGCGCCAGCAGGGUGAGCUUGUGCGAAAGCUGAAAGAAGAGAAGGCACCACAAGUGGAUGUGGACAGAGCAGUGGCCGAGCUCAAAGCCCGGAAGAGGGUUCUGGAAGCAAAAGAGCUGGCGUUACAGCCCAAAGAUGACAUUGUAGACAGAGUGAAAAUGGAAGACACCUUGAAAAGAAGGUUUUUCUACGAUCAAGCUUUUGCUAUUUAUGGAGGUGUCAGUGGUCUGUAUGACUUCGGGCCAGUUGGCUGUGCUCUGAAGAACAAUGUUAUUCAGACGUGGAGGCAGCACUUUAUCCAGGAGGAGCAGAUCCUGGAGAUUGACUGCACCAUGCUCACUCCUGAGCCAGUUUUAAAGACCUCUGGCCAUGUAGACAAGUUUGCUGACUUCAUGGUGAAAGAUGUGAAAAAUGGCGAGUGUUUUCGUGCCGACCAUCUGUUGAAAGCUCAUUUACAGAAACUGAUGUCUGAUAAGAAGUGUUCUGCUGAGAAGAAAUCAGAGAUGGAAAGUGUCUUAGCCCAGCUUGAUAACUAUGGACAGCAAGAACUCGGGGAUCUUUUUGUAAACUAUAAUGUCAAAUCUCCCACUACUGGAAAUGAUCUGUCCCCUCCUGUACCUUUUAACUUAAUGUUCAAGACCUUCAUUGGGCCUGGAGGAAACAUGCCUGGAUAUCUAAGACCAGAAACUGCACAGGGGAUUUUUCUGAAUUUCAAACGACUUUUGGAAUUCAACCAAGGAAAAUUGCCUUUUGCUGCUGCCCAGAUUGGAAAUUCCUUCAGAAAUGAGAUCUCCCCUCGGUCUGGACUGAUCCGAGUCAGAGAAUUUACAAUGGCAGAAAUUGAGCACUUUGUAGACCCUAGUGAGAAAGACCAUCCCAAGUUCCAGAAUGUAGCAGAUCUCUACCUUAAUUUGUAUUCCGCAAAAGCCCAGGUCAGCGGACAAUCUGCUCGGAAAAUGCGCCUAGGGGAUGCUGUUGAGCAGGGUGUGAUUAACAAUUCAGUAUUAGGCUAUUUCAUUGGCCGCAUCUACCUCUACCUCAUGAAGGUGGGAAUAUCUCCAGAUAAACUCCGCUUCCGACAGCACAUGGAGAAUGAAAUGGCCCAUUAUGCCUGUGAUUGUUGGGAUGCUGAGUCCAAAACAUCCUAUGGCUGGAUUGAGAUUGUUGGGUGUGCUGAUCGUUCCUGUUAUGACCUCUCCUGUCAUGCGCAAGCCACCAAAGUUCCACUUGUAGCUGAGAAACCUCUGAAAGAACCCAAAACUGUCAAUGUUGUUCAGUUUGAACCCAAUAAGGGAGCAGUUGGCAAAGCGUACAAGAAGGACGCAAAGCUGGUGAUGGAGUACCUUGCCACUUGUGAUGAGGGUUACGUCACAGAAAUGGAGACCCUGCUGAGUGAGAAAGGGGAAUUCACUAUUGAAACUGAAGGGAAAACAUUUCAGCUAACAAAAGAUAUGGUUGCUGUGAAAAGAUUCCAGAAAACAUUGCAUGUAGAAGAAGUUGUCCCAAGUGUAAUUGAACCCUCAUUUGGCCUGGGCAGGAUCAUGUAUACCAUAUUUGAACAUACAUUCCAUGUCCGAGAGGGAGAUGAACAGAGAACGUUCUUCAGUUUCCCUGCUGUGGUUGCUCCAUUCAAAUGUUCUGUCCUUCCACUGAGCCAAAACCAGGAAUUCAUGCCAUUCGUCAAGGAAUUAUCGGAAGCUCUGACUAGGAAUGGAGUGUCUCACAAGGUAGAUGACUCCUCUGGGUCCAUUGGAAGGCGCUACGCCAGGACUGAUGAGAUUGGUGUGGCCUUCGGCAUCACCGUUGACUUUGAUACAGUGAAUAAGACUCCCCACACAGCAACUCUGAGGGACCGGGACUCCAUGCGGCAGAUAAGAGCAGAGGUCUCUGAACUGCCCAGUGUGGUUUGUGAUCUGGCUAAUGGCAGCAUCACUUGGGCUGAUGUGGAGGCCAGAUAUCCUCUGUUUGAAGGGCAAGAGACUGGCAAAAAAGAGACAAUUGAGGAAUGAAAAUUUUGCAAUUUGUGGCCACCUAUGCUAAUAAAAAAAAUAAAUAACUCAUGUCCAGUUUACCAAAAAUAAAACAAAACAUAAAAGCAAACAUUGUGAUUGUUCCCAGGGAAUGUAUUUUAUCCUCUGUGGCUCCCGAUUUUCCCCUAAAAUUAAAGCUGAAAGAAUUCUGAACAAAUUUAUAAUUCA